AACAACAUAUCAGCUCCAGUUCAAAAGUUUCUCUCUCUCUCUCUCUUCGGUCUUCAUUGUCAUGAGUCAUAACAACUCUAAAUUUAGAAAUGUCAAAGACCAUAUCUUCUUCUUCAAUCCCAAAAUUUAGGUUGGAUCUAGAGAGAGAAAGUCGCUGAAGGAAGCUAUGUCUGUGGUGGAGUCAAGCUCUGCUACUACAGCGGAUCAGAGUAACGUUAAGGGGGUUCUUACACAUGGCGGUCGUUACGUUCAGUAUAAUGUGUACGGUAAUCUUUUCGAAGUUUCCCGGAAGUAUGUUCCUCCGAUCAGACCUGUUGGUAGAGGCGCUUAUGGAAUCGUUUGUGCUGCAACGAAUGCGGAGACACGUGAAGAAGUUGCCAUAAAGAAAAUUGGGAAUGCUUUUGACAACAGAAUAGAUGCGAAAAGGACUCUAAGAGAAAUUAAGCUUCUUCGUCACAUGGAACAUGAAAAUGUUAUUGCAAUCAAAGACAUCAUACGGCCUCCACAGAAGGAAAACUUCAAUGAUGUUUACAUUGUUUAUGAGUUGAUGGACACGGAUCUUCAUCAAAUAAUACGCUCUAAUCAACCUCUGGCUGAUGAUCAUUGUCGGUAUUUUCUUUACCAAAUUCUAAGAGGACUGAAAUACGUUCAUUCGGCACACGUGUUGCAUCGUGAUCUAAAACCAAGCAACUUACUUCUGAAUGCAAAUUGUGACCUAAAAAUUGGGGAUUUUGGGCUUGCAAGAACCACUUCAGAAACGGAUUUCAUGACCGAAUAUGUUGUGACUCGUUGGUAUCGCGCCCCUGAAUUGCUCUUAAAUUGUUCCGAGUACACGGCCGCCAUUGACAUCUGGUCCGUCGGCUGCAUCCUUGGUGAGAUCCUCACUCGACAGCCCUUGUUUCCAGGCAAAGAUUAUGUUCAUCAGCUCAGACUUAUCACAGAGCUCAUUGGUUCACCUGAUGAUGCAAGUCUUGGCUUUCUAAGAAGCGAUAAUGCAAGAAGAUAUGUGAGACAGCUUCCUCAGUAUCCAAGACAACAAUUCUCUGCCAGAUUCCCAAAUAAAUCCCCUGGAGCUUUAGAUCUGCUUGAAAAGAUGCUUGUAUUUGACCCAAACAGGCGUAUUACAGUUGAUGAGGCGUUAUGUCACCCGUAUUUGGCACCUCUUCAUGAAAUCAACGAUGAGCCGGUGUGCCCUCAUCCUUUUAGCUUCGACUUUGAGCAGCCUUCAUGCACUGAAGAACACAUCAAAGAGCUUAUUUGGAGGGAGUCUGUCAAAUUCAAUCCUGACCAUCCAAAUCACUGAGAUCAUCUCAUCUCAUCUCAUCUCUUCUCUUCUCUUCUCUUCUCUUGUACACCUACCUUACCAACAACAAAUUAUAUAUGCUAGAAUUACUCUGUAUUAUCCCUCCUCCUCCUCCUCCCAUAAUCUUCUUUAUUACAACAACCGAGAUACACAAUAAUAAAAACAUAAUGGGCUUAUUGGGGUUUUUACUUUUUA